AUGGCGUCUUAUGGCUUACUCGAUCAACCAGAGGAAGAUACCCUCCACAAGUCGCGUCUUCUCAACGUCGAAGAGAAACCCUUUAAACGCGUCUCCAAGCGUCUCCUAAAUCCCGAAUCACUCGUGGUCUCCAAUGCGACGCUCCCUCCCACCCCGCCCCCCGAAGGAACCGACGACGAUGCCAGCAGCGCGGCAGCAACCACCGAGGCAGAGAGGCAGAAACGGUUGGACGAAUGGCGUCAUUUCCGCGAGGACGUCACGUUGGAUUUUGCGGCCUUCGAAGGCAGCAUUGCCCGCAUCCAGUUCCUCCUCACGAGCAACGAGAAGGAACGCGAGCGCUACGCCGCCGAGAAACUGCGCAUCCUCUCCACCAUGCAAUCCGUGCGCGAGAACACGGCAGACUUGCGUGUCCAGCUAGAAGAAGCACAGCGUCUGCUGGCUUUGCGCAAAAGCUACGACGAGCUGGCCGAGCGAAUCACGAGCAACCGCCUCUUGAAACCGCGGGAGGACCAGCAGGCUAAUCUGCAGAAGCUGCAGGCGGAGAUCACGGACUUGGAGAAGGAAAGUAAAGACUACGCUACGACGUGGGCGGAGCGAAGGGAGCAGUUUGGCCGCAUUGUCGAUGAGGGCAUGCAGCUGCGACGACUGAUUCGCGACGAGAAGGAGGAAGUGGAGCGCAGGGAGGGCAUGCAGGAGGACGAGGAUGGGGAUGACGCGGACGUUCCGUCCAAGGGCAAGUCCAGCGGUGCUAACACCCCGCGACCGGACGGCGAUAGCGUCACACCCUCUCAACACGGCCAGGAUGACACCGCACGCUCACCUGCUGCAGGUCUACAGGCUGAGAAAUAUUCCACAACAACGGGCGCGGCGUCACCAUUGCGGCAAGUUACGACUGCGGAUGACGAGAAGAAACAGUCUUCCGACAAAGAAGAUGCCACGAUGGUGGAUGAAGGCGAAGUCACUGCCGACGAAGACGCCGAUCGAGCAGAUGAGUUGGAAGAGGGGGAAGAAGUCCCGGAUGACCGCACCGCUGACCGAAUGGACAUGACGUGA